AUGUUGUCGAAUAUGCCACGCCUUUCCCCCGUUUCCUCGAAAAUCAUCCUUAAAUAUGCCUGCCAACAGGUCCCGAAAGCCGCAGGUUCGAUGGGAUCUUACAGAUAUCUAACUACGACAACGCCCGCACAGAAGAAUGUAACCCUGCUCCAGGAUAAGAAGCAUGGAUUCGGGUUCGCACGAUCCAACCCUAGACCACCGAAGCCGAGGAGCAAGGGUGUCACUGAGAUCAGGGGGCCGUACUACACGGUGAUGGGCAAGAGAUAUCUGGCCGAUGUGCUUGAAACAAUGGGGACUCACAUCGAUGGUCUCAAGUUUGCAGGAGGCUCUUUUUCACUGUUCCAGGAGAAGCCCUUGAGGGAACUGAUUGAUCUGGCCCAUGAGCAUGACGUUUAUGUUUCGACGGGUGGAUGGGCCGAGCAUCUCCUCACUCAUCCAGAUACAAAUGCCGUCUUUGACAAAUACCUCCAGAAGUGCAGGGACCUAGGUUUUGACGUAAUUGAGCUUUCAUCCGGCUUCCUAUCAUUCCCCGAAGACGACUGGCUGCGCCUCGUCGACAAAGUCCACUCAUACAACUCCGGUCUCGAGGCGAUUGGCACCUCGGACCCUGGAAAGCUGGUCAACUUAGGCCAUAAAUUCCUCAACGCUGGGGUGGAGCGUCUGAUGAUCGAAUCCGAGGGCAUCACGGAGAAUGUAGAGUCCUGGCGCACUGACGUAGUGUCCAAGAUCAUGAAGGAACUGCCGUCAGAGCGUGUAAUGUUUGAGGCUGCAGAUCCGAAGGUCUACAAUUGCUUCGCUCGGCCGGUUACGAAGUUCAAUCUAGCCAGAGAUUCGGAGUCCAUAUCCAUCAGGCGCUCCCUUUGUGUCAUGCCGAAAGUCACCGCGCCUCCGGGUGGCCGGCUACGAUGCCGACGAGCGUGCGAUAGCUGUAAACGGAGGAAGCAGAAAUGCAACGGAGAGCAACCAUGCACAAUCUGUGUUCAACGCCACAAGGAAUCAGAAUGCCAUUUUUCGGACAAGCCAGCCCGCCUGCUGAAGCCCGCCGAAAGCUCGAAAGACACGAUGUUGCUCAGCGAACGCCUUGUGCCUACGCCGCAAAGACAAACCGCCAUGGACCGACUGCUGAACUCCCUCGAAGAUCGUAGCGCAAAUCUAGAACAGCAGGUGGUGGAUGAUAAAGAUGGAACGGCUCCGGUUCCGAAGGUGGCCAGGCUUCUUCGCGAUGGACAAGGUAAAUUCAUGUAUAUUGGCGACUCCGCAAGCCUGUCCUUUCUCCAGAGUGUCCGUCGCAUAGUAUCCUCGUCAAUCGGCCGUUGUGAAUUCACGGAAGAUAAUUCACGCCAUUCGAUGCUUGAGGCUUUUCAAAGCAGCUCCACUACACAGACAGGACCAUUAAUACCGCCCCCAAGUAAUGAAGAAGCUCAACGAUUGGCGCGCCAAUUUGUUCUUGCAACUAGUCCCCUACUGGAUCUCUUUGACCUCGACGAAUUCCAUCCGCGACUGGCGAAUUGGAUUGAGAACCCAACGGGUGACGAAGACACUGUGAGCUCAAUAUUUUACCUGGUGAUUGCCAUUGGGGCCCAAGUCUCGGAUACCAACCACACCCUGGCGGAGAAGUACUUCAUCAGUGGGCGUCAGCUGGCGUUUUCGGCUUUCACUGAGACCCCCAGCAUCUCUACUAUACAGUCAUAUGUGCUCAUUUCGAUGUAUAUGUUGGGUGCUUGCCGACGCAACGGCGCUUUCAUGAAUCUUGGAAUUGCUCUUCGUGCCGCGUAUGCGGUCGGCAUCCAUAGGAAGGAUGCGAACACGCUCUUCUGCACGCGAGAGCGACGUGCUCGGGAACGUGUGUGGAAAAGCCUGCGCAUGAUGGAUCUCUUCCUCAGCGCCUCUCUGGGUCGUCCUCCAGCCACGACGGAUUUUGACUACGACCCGCAUGAUGGCAAUAUGCCAGGGACACAGCAGCGCCUCCAGCCAGAAGAGCAACUAUCUCUGACAGUUGUUUCGCUCUGUCGUAUCUUCGAGCGCAUUCUGACAGAAGUUUACAUGAGGCAGGUGGUGUCAAUUGGUGUUGCGGACAGCAUCUCGAACCAACAUCGCGCGUGGGUCCGAAAUCUGCCAACCUUCCUACGAAUGCAAACAGAGCGACUUGAUGCUGCCAAAACUCUCGAGGACACCUUGGCUGCUGCCCACAUAUUCGGCUCUUAUUACUGGUCGAUUAUAUUGUUGACUCGGCCCUUCCUGGUCUUCCGAGUCUCUCAAUAUGCGAAAAAUAAAAGCGAGUCGGCAGCAAUUCCCGAGAGCAAAGUCAACAACUCGCGACUCUCGCUUUUUGCUGACGCAUGCGUUUAUUCCGCAUUGCGCAGUCUCAACAUCGUCGACGAUCUUUCCCAAUACUCAUCCUUACCACGAAGGCUGCCAUUCUUAAUCAAUUCCGUUUUCAACUCGGCUGUUGUAUUAGGGGCUGCAUUCUUUGCUGACUAUGACAAUCUGCUCCCACUGGAAGAGGGCUUGAACAAGGCCGAAAAGUUCCUGGGUCUGUUCGUCCCGCAUGAUCCUCAUGCCUGCCGCUUUUUCCAAAUCAUCAAAUACCUCCGAGGCGCAGUUGGUGAAUACGUUCGCCGCCGGAACCGUCAAUGGAUGGAACGUCGUAGCAAACAAGUCGAUCAGCUUUUUGGCGAAGUAGGCCCAUCCAACGAAACCACAGGUACUAGUAAUAACCACCAGGCCAUCUCAACCAACCGCGGGGAUCAAGCAACAGUCCCGUCUCCGCUAUCCCCAGACAAAUUUGCCGACGGGCCCCUCCCCUCCCAAUCUGUAGAGCAGACAACUACUACAGCCCACCCUGAUGACGGCAUCUGGGAUGCCUUAUGUGCCGCUGAAGGACCUUCACCCUUCCCAUAUGACACAGCCAUUUCCACUUUGACGACGACAGGGAUUCCAAUCGGUUGCUCACCAGGUGGUACAAUCCCUACUGGCCCACCUGGAAUGCCGGACAACGGAGGCCAAACACCUCUCUCUGAUAUGAUCCUUUCAGAUAAUGGACUCCUCUAUAUGGCGGAGGAUCUUCCUGUGUUCGGACUCUGGGGAGAUACUUGA